GUUAAUUUCGAACUUCGACCAAGAACCUAUAGAUAUGAAGGGUAACCACCAAUGUAUAACCUGUAAUAUUACACAAUACUACCUCGAUGGUUAUUGGUUCUUUCUCGACCUUAUCAAAAACAUUCCCCCAAUUCAUUUUCACUAACUGGUCGAAUGAAGAGUAUGAUUCACAAAGUACGAUAGCGUGUGGAGAACUGUCCGUAAACUAAGUUGGAGAAUGAUCCAUAAACCGUAUGGGAAGACGUAAAGGUUAUGGACCACUUACGGAAAACAGUAAGGCUCAUGGAUUAUUAUUAAACAGUUUAUGGAUAACUAUACACACUCUACCGUACGAUUAGCUGACUUCCAAAAGACGGUCCCGGAGAGAGUGUUGUGGCGUUCAAAGGCGGUCAGACCAACCGAAGGAAAUUUUCUAGCUGGAAGAUACGAAAUAUUUUUUCGAGAAACAGUUCCCCCUCGAGAAGUUUCUUACAAAGGAACAAUUCUGUUAAUUCAUGGCCAGUCAUUUUCAUCAUCAACAUGGCUGGAAAAUUCCACGAUGCAGAUUUUCUCUGCUGCUGGAUACAGAUGUUUAGCUUUUGAUAUGCCUGGUUGUGGUAAAACUGGUGGACCUACAGUUCCGGAUUCCGAGAAAGCUGAAAUAAUUCCUUUAGCUAUGCGUGCUUUAGAACUUGAAACUGUCAUAAUUAUUGGACAUAGUAUGGCCGGACAGUAUAUCGUCCCAUUGCUUGGAACAAGUCGGAUAACUUGCGUUGUUGCAGUUGCACUGUCAAACACAAACGUGAUGCCGGCAACCCCCGAAAAUAUCAGGACGUCAGUGCUGGUAGUGUGGGGUGAAAAUGACACUAGUCUGGGACCUAGUGCUGCCUCUAGUCUCAGUAAGUUACCCAAUUCAAGGCUCUUGAGAAUACCGUCAGCAGGACAUGCUUGUUACCUCAGCAAUCCAGUUGCAUUCCAAUCAGCUUGUUUGAACUUUUUCGAAACGAUGGAGUCCUUCGUUGUUCCGUCAUUGUAAUAUCUUUCUCUGCUUUUUUUUUCACACUUUUCUAUAUAAAUGUUCUGAAAUUUGAAUUUGUAUGGAUGUAUUUCACCAGCGAACAGCUUUCUCAUAUUAGCGCUCAAUUAAUGUUUGUGUGAGGAAUUUAGUUGCAUUACUGUCUAUGAAUAAAUUAGUUCUUUUGUGUGAUGUGUGUGUAUGUGUGUGUGCGUGUGUGUGUCUAUAUGCUAUGUAUGUAUAUGAUGUCUUUUCCUUUUUCAAAGAAAUAAGUUAAGAAGAAAGUAUUAUAUUUUCGAUUAAUCAUUACAAUACUUGGCUGUAAACAGCUUUGUAACCAUCAGCAUAACAUAUCAACUUCUGUUGAAGACAUCAUGUAGGAUGUGGCGAAAUGUCAAGUUUUUAUAUAAGUGUAACUGCGAAAUAUAAUAUAAAGGAGUCG